ACUGUCGGGUAGAAAAUAAGCAGUGCGUCAAUAGCAUUGGUCAGUGAUAAACGGUUGGUGCCGAGUCGUUCGUGAUCGAUCCUUGUGUGUAUCCUGUCAAGGUGUUUUCUACCGUUCUCUCGUCAGGAUAUUAUGCUACCGAUCGCGUGUACUGCAGGAUCAUUUUGACUCGAGGGGCAGUCGACCACAGAUCACCGGCAAAAUGUUACCACAGACGCCUGACAUCAUUCCUACGAAUCUGAAUCAGCAAAAAUGUGUGAAAGCGCGUGCCCUGUACGACAACAUCGCGGAGGCACCGGACGAGCUGGCUUUUCGAAAGGGCGAUGUUCUUACUGUGCUGGAACAAAACACCGCUGGCCUCGAGGGUUGGUGGUUGUGCGCGCUGCGAGGUAGACAGGGCAUCUGUCCAGGAAAUCGAUUGAGACUCCUGGUUGGCCAAUAUGAUACAGGGGGUUGUUUGGUUGGCAGCAGGCCUGACCUAACCAUUUCUGAAGACGGUGUACAGAGGCAUGGAAAACGGCGUAGCUGGCACGUCCAACCGAACAGGGUGGUGACGCCACAGAAAUGCGGCGACGUGUACCUUUACGAUCUUCCAGCGAGCCGGGGAAGUCCUGCGCCACCCUCCAGGCACGAUUCACCCUUGAACUCGAAUAACGAGCAUUUACACAACUCAGGCCGAUACACGACGGGCAGCAGAAGUUCUGUGGACAAUGGUGGCGACGUGAGCGACUGUUACGACGUGCCACCGCGGGCUGUUCCUGUGAUUCCGUCACCAGCAAGUAGCCCAAGUCCUGCACCCUCUUGCUACGACAUCCCGAGGCAGCCUACCUCCUGCACGCCGAAUUCGAACUGCUCCGGAGGCUCCGGCGUGACGCCUCUCGAUUGCUACGACGUGCCCAGAUCGUUGCAACCCCUCACGCCUAGCAGCUCCGCGUCUAGCCUCACCAACGAUGGAUCCCUCAGCGGAUCGAACCGAUCGAGCCUGGCUGCCCCAGAUUACGAUGUACCUCGAUCACGUCUUCCAGCGUCCUCGUUACCGUCCCGGCACAACACGCCCGUGCCUAAAACACCGACACCUCCGCCUCUGCCGCAAACGCAGCAGAUCUACGACGUUCCAGUCAGCAAGGAGCUUCCCCUGGAGCUGGACUCCGCUUUGGAAGGCCUACAGAGGCUGCAGAGCGAGGCAUCCGCCGCGAUAGCCAGGUUACUCGGCUUCGUCAGUCCUGGAUGGAGAACGCCUCAACGAUUAGACGCCUCGUUAAUGGAUCUUAGGCUUGCUGCACUCAGGCUCAGAACGUCGUUGCACGACUUGGCUGAAUUUGCUGAAGGAACACUAGGGAACGCGGGCAAAGCGCCGGACAAGGGGUUGGCCACGAAACUACGACCCUUGGUCAAGGCUCUCCGUGAUUCCGACAAACUCGUGCAGGAAGCCGCCACCGAGCUGGACACGAUGGAAUGGGAUGCGGGCAAGCUGUGCCGCGGGGGUGGCGAUACUCCGACACCUACUAACGGGCCACCUUCGUCGCUGCUUGCACCGGUGGUGCAACCGGAUCCACUCGAUCAGCUGAUCGCGUGCGCCCGGGCACUCACGGAAGACGUUCGUCAGGUCGCCAGUUUCAUUCAGGGGAACUCGACGUUGCUCUUCAAACGAUCGUCGAUCAUCUCGACCGGUAGCAGCAGCAACAACAGCGGCGCCGGCGAUGAUUACGAUUACGUAAAUCUAGACUCGAGGGAGGUAGUCGCGAAGCAACGGGAGGAAGUUAGGGCAGUGAUGCCACAGGAACUCCGUAGUAAUUUCGAUCUCCUUGUAUCCGAGUCGGACAAUGCGACGAUUCAAAUGCCACCCAUGGAUCCUAACGACAAACAAUUGCUGGCUUUCUAUGCCGCCCAGGUGAUCACGCAUAGCAACCACCUGACUCACGCCAUUGACGCCUUCAUGCAAACAGUGGAACACAAUCAACCACCGAAGGUAUUCUUAGCGCAUGGAAAGUUCGUGGUGUUGAGCGCCCACAGAUUGGUGCACAUCGGCGACACGGUGCACAGAAACGUGAGCAGGAACGACGUGAGAACACGCGUGCUGCAAUGCGCGAACGCGUUGAACGAGGCAUUGGCGCAGACCGUGUCGAAGACGAAACAGGCGGCUCAAUUCUUCCCCAGCGUGUCCGCCGUGCAAGAGAUGGUCGACAGCGUUGUAGACGUCUCUCACUUGGCCAAGGACUUAAAGGUAGCGAUGAUCCGCAGCGCGCAACAGCCUUGAGCAUCCAAAGAUCAAAUCCUAAUCUAUGAC